GUAAAGUAUCAAGCGCGGCUGACUGACAUUUUCGUCUUCGCCAAGAACUCGCCAAUCAAUUUCAGGUAUAGUCGUCGAUUAACGCAUCGGAGAGAGAGAAGAGGAGAGCGCGCGAGCCGUCGUGUGACGCUGAGUGUCGCUCGCCAUUUUGUCUUUUUGUUGAGCUCAUCGUGGCGUCAGACUGAUAUGUAAAGGCAACGGUCAUUUGCUUUGUGCCUCGGUCACAAAGUACAAUUUGCUUGUACAGGUGGGCUGUCAAACUGGUGGAUUUUUUCAAUUUUUUGAUUUCGUCGUUGUUGUGCGGCUUAUAAGUGAUCAAUUUGAAAAAGUGACACUUCAGAGAAGUUAAAAUGAAGCUGAAAAAAAUACUGGAAACCAGUUUCCAACUGCAGCCCAAGGAAGCCAACCAGAAGCUCGAGAUCUACAAAUGUAAGCACUGCGGGCAAACUUAUGCCAGACACAUAACUCGCAUGAGCAUACACUUGUUGAAGUGUAGUGGUUGCCCUGCUGCGGUGAAAGAAUUGCUGAAAGAAAAGGUCAAGGGCAAAAUUUUGGAAACCUCGAAAAAUGUGUUUAACAAGAAGGGUCAAGUCAGGAAUCUUAAGAAAAUUUUAGAUGAAAACUUUGCACAAGUGCCCAGAGAUGGAAGCCAAAAACUGGAUAUCUACAAGUGUAAACACUGUGAACAAAAGUACGCGCGCAAUGCCUCCCGAAUGAGCUUGCACUUGCAAAAAUGUUCAGAUUGUCCCAAAGAAGUCAAGACUGCUCUUGAACUGAACGCCAAGGAAGGUAUGGCUCACAAGGUAUCACGACAGUUGAUACCAAAAAAGUUGUUGGAUAACAGUUUUAUAAUGCAGCCAAAGGAGCCCAACCAAAAACUCCAGACAUUCAAAUGUAAAUAUUGUGGCCAAGUGUAUGCCAGACAUUCGACACGCAUGAGCCUGCACUUGCAAAAGUGCAUAGGUUGUCCAACUACUGUCAAGCAAUCACUCACCGAAAAAAACAAACAUUGGAAAGAACACAAAUUCGUUGAAGUGAAUUUCAAAAGACAUGACUCUGAAAAUGAGCAAAUGCCAAGUGAUCGUGAUAUGGGAGUUAUACAGAUUUCUUCUACAAAUACAUAUUCUAAUAAUAAAAUUUCUGAAAGUAACUUUAUUGGAAAAAUGUCCAAGCAAAGACAAAAGUAUUGCGAAGAGCUGCUUGCAAAAGCAAUUUACGCUUCUAGUGUUCCAGUUAACAUUGUAGAUAACGAGCAUUGGCGCACGUUGCUGAACACUUUGAGUCCAGCAUUUCAACUACCUACUCAAGAGCAACUGUCAACAAAUUUGCUCGAAGCUACGUAUGAAAGCGUAAAAAAAGUCGUGGAUCAGAAAGUGAGGGAUGCCAUUUCGAUAGGUCUACAGUGUAGCUACAGAACUAAUUCGAAAAAUGAAAGCAUUAUUCAUUUUGUCCUUACUACGCCAGAUCCCGUGUUAUAUAGAUCUAUUUCAAUAUCAAACAAUGAAGAAGAUGCACAAUUAUACAUGGAAAAAAUAAGUGAAGUUAUCGAGGAAGUUGGUCCUGAAAGAGUAUUAGGAGUUUGUCUGGACAGUGUAUCAACUUGUGAAAAUUUAUGGGACCUAAUGCAGCAGAAAUAUGAAGAAUAUAAUAUUUCAUUUUAUUACUGUAUUUCACAAACAUUGAAUCUAUUGUUGAAAGAAAUAUCUGAACUGCCUUCUAUUAGUAUUUUACUAAAGCAAGCUUUGACAAUGAUAAAGGAAAUUCGACAUUCAGAAGUUAUGUCGACAUUAUUGAAUGAAGUGCAAAAAAAUGACGAAAAAGCUCUAAACAAUUUUGUCCUGAAAAUUCCAGGAACUAAGAAAUGGAGCUCCUAUCUUGUAUGCUUGGACAGUUUAUUGGAUCACAAGGAUGAUUUACAAGUUCUUGUUUUUUCAUCGAAAACUGAAAAAUAUGUCAGUAAAGUCACGAAAGAAUUAAUUUCUGAUGAGGAGUUUUGGAAUAAAAUCCUUAGUUACACAAAACUAGUUAGGCCAAUAAUAAAAUGGAUCAACAACUUGGAUAGUCAAGAAGCCAAAAUUUGUGAAGUAACUGAAAUAAUCCGCGAGUUGGAUCAACACUUAAUUGCAGAGACAUCCCAAGAAUCGCUCACAUUGGUGACGACAGAAGAAGCUAACCAGAUCUUAAACCAGUGCAAAACUUUAUCAGUUUCAUUGGUUCAGGAUAUUCAUUAUGCAGCGAAUAUUUUAAAUCCAAUAUUUAAAGGAGUGCGCCUCACUGCAGCUGAGUUGAGCCAAGGACAAGAUUUGAUAACAAAAUUAUCAUCCAAAUUUGGUAUGCCCGAGAAAGACAUUAUGAUCGAUUUGGCAGAAUUCAACGCUGACAGUGGAGUAUGGAGCGUCAAUUACGUGAAAAGAUCGGCAACUCUAAUGCCUCCAUCUACAUGGUGGCGGGGUCUUUUCAAAAACUCAUUCUUGACUAAAAUCGCUGCCUCCAUAUUAGAUCUGCCGAGUACAUCAUUAGUGACGACAGAAAAGUUUUCCAUGAGGGAUGAUCCAACUGGAAAAAUCAUGUACAUAAGUCAAAAUCUUAGAUUGCUAGAUCCUCACAGGAAUGAAAAGAAAGCGAAUCAAGAUGAAGCGUCUGCUGACACUGUUGAAGAAUAUGUAGAAGAAGAGGACAUUUAUACUGAAGGUAUGGAAGAAGUUCUUGUUGAGGAUCAUGACGAAUCUAUGGAAGAAACUGAAGAAGUUGUCGAAGCUCAUGAGAUAAGCGAAGAAGAUCAGGAGCAAACUGGAAGCCCGGUAUUCUUAGAGAUUAUUGAUGAAGAGGGUAAGGCGUUCCUUGUCGAACAAGUACCGCAAAACGUUACAAUAUAAAUCUAUAACUUGUAUUCCUACUUUUUUUUUUUGAAAGAGAUAUGUUGAACAACUGAUUGUGCAAAGAAUUUUAUAAAAUAUGAAUAUUUACAAAUAUUUUAAAUUCAAGCUAUAACUAUAAAAGAAAAAUUUUUAUAUAUUUUUUUUCUAAAGCAAUAAUAGUGACAGCGUGACAAGUGCAUGUAUAAAAUAACGAUAAUGUGUAAUUAAAGUAAGACCAUGUCUGUCACAUUUUAAUCACGUUUGGCGUGAUCCAUAUGACUUUUGAUUUUGUAUACCUUAAGGUAAAUAAAAUUAAUGUAUUGUAAUCAAACGAAUGCAUUCUAAAAAAUGCGCUUCGUUGAAUAAAGUUAAAAUAUAUUUGAACCACAA